CUUUUUGGUUGACCAUCAUUUACGGCAUAAUAGCAAUAUUCACGAUGAGUCAAGCAAUGUCGGACAUAGAUUUGCCGGCCAGCGUUGUUGCUGACUCGAGCUUGAUCCACAGGGUUCUCCUUGCUGACCCUUCCGACUUUUCAAAACUGACGAUAUCCGGUCAGCCCGCAGACUUGGAAACCUUAUCCUUUACAAAUUUUGAUGAGUCUUUAGCUCGUGUUCGCACAAAUACUGGCAUUAAUGAUAUCAGUGUAAUGCUGAAAGCUGCCUUUCGCGAUCGCGUACUCGACGAAUCGGAACGAUCCCAACGAAAUUCGGCAGUUCAAGAAUUACUUAGCGACCUCCAUAAUCAUCUACGGGCGUUGGUACCCUCCCGAACCGACCUCCAUGGGCUCUUGCAAAAGGAGUCUAUUUUGCAAGCCCAAAGCCUGGCUGAUCUGAACGGGCUCGUUGUGCAAGCCGCACAAGCGCUUGUACAAUUAGAGUCUCCAGCUCGGAGUAUGAGCACGUUGGCGUGGCUAGAAACGGCCCAGUCUCCAUCGAAUCACGUUGACUUAUCUUUUGUGGUCACAUCGAUACUUUACUUGUUACAAAAGGCUGAGCAGUGUCAGACCGAUAAACAAAAUUUCUACCUGGGUCGCGUCUGGGCGCCGCGCAUUCACGAGCAUGGAGUGGCACUCAAACGGCGACAUUUUGAGCAGAGUCACGGGUCAUUGGUAGAACUAAACAAUGCCAAGGCCACGAAGUUGUGGAUUCAGGAAUUGUUCGCUGCUAUUCCGGACAGCGAAAGAAAAGGAUUGCUGGUCUCGCCGGAGGCGCGACAGGCUUUGGUCUUUCGUGGUUGGAUAGACGAGAUUGUUUUCCGUCCCGGCACACGGCCACCGCUGCAACUACCCGAAGUUCUGGACCACGAUCAAGAUGCCUUGCGGAGGAUCCGAUCCUUGACACGUUUAGCAGUAGCUGGGUCGGCCCUAGCAUUGCACGCAUGUACCGCGGCGAAGCAAUCUCCGGACGUACUCAAGCUCGCGACCGAGGACACUCCGUCUUUGGAGAGUCGUCGCGUCGCUUUAGUGCAGGCCAUCAGCGAACCUUUAAGCAAAACGCCCGGUCAGUAUCAAGAUGAAGUAUCGGUAGCCGUGAUCAAUCUUUCUCGAAAAUGGUCAAAUUCCAACAGUAUAGAUUCUGCUGCUGAAGAGACUCUCAGGGGUCGCACACGAGCAGUCUUGCAGGCCGAGGAUCCCGUCCUCCAAGUGUUGGAGCGGCGGAUGAAGACAUGCUUUAGUGAAACCGUCACGUGGCCUCCAGAAUCGUUACAAAGCAUGCCGAAUGUACUUCAAAGUGGCGAAGUUCUGUUGCAUCAAAAGAAUCCUGCGAUGAUCGAUCAGGGAAAAGCAUUAUUUCUAGAGAGAGCCAAGAGCAUCUUUCGGCAUAACGGUUUAGCGUUUUAUGCCUCAGAUCUGUCCGAAUCGGCUUUGUUGGCUCGCAAAAUAAUUCACUUGGCAUGGAGGGUAUUUGGGGACGCUUUGUUAGAUCGAUUGAUUCUUCAAGAGUGCAGUGGAACGUAAAGGUACUUAUUUAGACUUCUUUAUUAACUAUGU